AUGUCUGGAUUUGACGAACGCCCCGUAUACUUCAGCGAUGCAUUUGGCUCUGAAGAGCAAACAGAUGAUCGAGAAGUCAACAGAAUCAGCGCAAGGAAGAGAUUCAGGGAAUUCAUUCGCGAAUUUCACGAGGGAACCUUCAGCUAUCCAUACCGGUAAACAAAAUGGCGCUUGCCUAAACAGCGUGGAUCUUUUGCUUGUCUAGAAAACAAGCCUCGAUCAUUGCAUUGUACCUUCAUUUAUAAUCGUUUGAAUGGAAAAAGUCUGUUUGAUUGACAAAAUUCACUCGCGGAAUUUCUAAAUUAUGCGCUUUAAGUCACAUAAUAUAGAACUGUUAAUUUGGACGAGGAUGCAAACAUGUGCUCUGGAAAAUAUUACUCUGGCUGAUCGUUAAAAAAUCUUGGUUUUUCUUUUGGCAUUUAAGUUUUCGAUCGAAUGAGGAAAAAUCUCUAACAGAGGAGAAGAUUUGGUGUUUUUUUGGGAAUCUUUGACUGAGAUCUGUGGUAAAGAAUACAGUGAGAAUAUGACGUUUGUAAGCUUGCUUAGGCAAAAGUUUUUACUCGAUCCGUGUUUCUUAUUCUAGCGAUCAACUCAAAAGGCAUUACAAUCUUGGCCAUUAUUACCUUGAAGUUGAUCUGCAGGAUCUGACCAGCUAUGACGAACAACUUGCUGAUAAACUUACAAAGAGUCCUGCAGAAUUCCUUCCUCUGGUAAGUUUUGCACCUUAAAAACAUUGAUUUGAAACUGAACCGAUGUUUCCAGUCAUCGUGACUUGAAUUUAGAUUUAGAACACUUGAACCCCACUGGCCUGGUAAAAGUGGGCUCCAAUUCAAGUUGUUGCCUGGAGGUCUGUGGUUGCUUUCCUAGUGGCUGUUUUGUUAUGUUAACUGUUUGUGGCUAGACACUUCGAUCAGCCUUUUAUCUUAAACUCCCUAACAUUAUUAUAUUUUUUUCCAACAUUGUAAAAAAAAUGAUGAAAAAUGAUACAAAUUUUGACAUUUGAAGGGUGGGCGAUAUUAAACUGAGAACGUGCUACCCAAAAAGGAAUUGAUUUGUGGUAUCCAUGUUCAAGAAUUUUCCCAGAAAGGGUUCUGACUACCCAAAAUAACAGAAGCAAGGCUGUACUCUAAGAAAAAUAUUCAAUUGAGCCCAGUUCUCUGAACCUCUGAAAUCCAGGGUGUCCAGCAUAGGGUUUGUAUGAAAAAAAAAUUAGGCGCCAUGGACCACUGGGCACUGCUAGAGCACAGCCCUGAGAAAAGACAAAUAUAUCCCUGGUAUUUGGUUAAAGUAUGCCCUGUUUACAAACCAGAGUAUUAAACAAAGCCUACAUUUGGAGACAUGGGCAGCACAGCCCCCCUCCCCCUCCCUCCACUAAUCACUGUGGACAAUGAACUAGCCUGAUGUUGUGAUUUAACUACAUGUAGUUUGAAGAUGCUGCAAAGGAGAUGGCAGAUGAAGUAACAAAGCCAAGGCCACUGGGAGAAGAAGAGGUUCAAGACAUUCAAAUAACGUUGAAGUCAGAUGCUAAUCCUAUGAGUGUCAGGGAGCUUAGGGCAAGUAUAUGGUUUUGAAUAAACACUGCGUCACGACGUCCAACCUCCAUGAGUUAGUGACUUAAACAGAUUAGAUACCUUUGUUAUUCAUAUCAACGUUGGUUUGUGUUACUUCAUUGAUUUGAUUGAAUCAGGGAACUUCCAAUUUCAACAAGAGUUUGUAAAGAAUGCCAACACGUUUUUUUGAAUACGUAUUAUCUUGAAAAAUAUUAUCAGAAACUGGCAAAAAAAAUUUGGAAACUAUGCUUUCCUAUUGAAUCAAAUGCCACAGACAAAAUUCUGCAUACUACUGAGGAAAAAAGGUAAGGUAAAGGCACACACGAGCCAAAGGCCGAAAUGGUCAGAGCUUUAACUUUAUUAUUUAUAUAGCGCAAAAUACAUGAGUAUAUGAUCUAAUGUGCUAUCAAUUUUCCACUUGGUAUCAUUUAUGACCAANCUGAAAUCCAGGGUGUCCAGCAUAGGGUUUGUAUGAAAAAAAAAUUAGGCGCCAUGGACCACUGGGCACUGCUAGAGCACAGCCCUGAGAAAAGACAAAUAUAUCCCUGGUAUUUGGUUAAAGUAUGCCCUGUUUACAAACCAGAGUAUUAAACAAAGCCUACAUUUGGAGACAUGGGCAGCACAGCCCCCCUCCCCCUCCCUCCACUAAUCACUGUGGACAAUGAACUAGCCUGAUGUUGUGAUUUAACUACAUGUAGUUUGAAGAUGCUGCAAAGGAGAUGGCAGAUGAAGUAACAAAGCCAAGGCCACUGGGAGAAGAAGAGGUUCAAGACAUUCAAAUAACGUUGAAGUCAGAUGCUAAUCCUAUGAGUGUCAGGGAGCUUAGGGCAAGUAUAUGGUUUUGAAUAAACACUGCGUCACGACGUCCAACCUCCAUGAGUUAGUGACUUAAACAGAUUAGAUACCUUUGUUAUUCAUAUCAACGUUGGUUUGUGUUACUUCAUUGAUUUGAUUGAAUCAGGGAACUUCCAAUUUCAACAAGAGUUUGUAAAGAAUGCCAACACGUUUUUUUGAAUACGUAUUAUCUUGAAAAAUAUUAUCAGAAACUGGCAAAAAAAAUUUGGAAACUAUGCUUUCCUAUUGAAUCAAAUGCCACAGACAAAAUUCUGCAUACUACUGAGGAAAAAAGGUAAGGUAAAGGCACACACGAGCCAAAGGCCGAAAUGGUCAGAGCUUUAACUUUAUUAUUUAUAUAGCGCAAAAUACAUGAGUAUAUGAUCUAAUGUGCUAUCAAUUUUCCACUUGGUAUCAUUUAUGACCAAGCUCUUCGAUCUAUAUAUAUCUAUGUGACUUAUUAUUUUAAUAUUAUUAUUAUUUUAGUCUGAACAAAUGGCCAAACUUGUAAAGAUUCCUGGUAUCAUAAUCAGUGCUUCAGCUAUUCGCGCCAAGGCAACCAACAUCACCAUCCAGUGUCGUUCUUGUCGUAACACCAUCUCUAACAUUCCUCUCAAGCCUGGUCUGGAAGGAUAUGCCAUGCCACGUAAAUGUCCAAGGUAGAGGGUCUUGUAAUUUCAAUAAAAUAUGUGUAAAAUAGCUUAAGAAUAAACAAGAUGCAGAAGGCCAAUAUGGAUGCAAUGAGUUACCUGAUUUACGUAGUACUAAGUGACAAAAAGUAUUAGAUAUAGAAAAUUAAGGUGGGGUGUGUACAUGCUUCCUGAAAUCUUUGUCUUUUGUAAACUAAAUUAUCUGACUCUCUGUAGCCUGGCUUGAACUGGUUUUCUAAGAGAGAAAUAUCAAUAUUCUAGACCCUGCUUCCAAAGACGCCCAAAUGAUUGAAAUCUAUACCCAAAUUUAGACGAUCAGAAACAACACCCUUUGGGGCUUCAUGCACCUAUAUGGCAUUAUUAUUAGGGAGUACACACCCUCCCCUCCCCCAAUGGGAUGAUGGUCAAUGAUUGCAAAGUUUUCACCAGUGGUAUAAAUUAUCAUCUUUUUUUAUAAAAGUACAUUGUGGAGGUUGAGGGGCAUUACAUUAGGGGAACACUGAGAGAUUCUUGUCUAAGGAAAUAACAAGAUCCAGAUUGUAUGUCCAGAGCAUGAAACAGUCCUUUAGACUUGAGAUCUAGUAUGCCUACUGAUACUGCACUUCCACAUAAAAAUAAGAGCAAAAGAACAAUAUUGACUGUUAAAAAAGGGAAAGUUUGUACCUUCAUUAAUGUUGACUAAAUUUAUUUUUCAGUGACCAAGCUGGCCGUCCACCCUGCCCUUUGGAUCCAUUUUAUAUCAUGCCAGAUAAAUGUAAAUGUGUUGAUUUCCAAGUACUAAAACUGCAAGAAUCUCCAGAUGCUGUGCCUAAUGGAGAAAUGCCGCGACAUAUGCAGUUGUACUGCGACAGGUAAAAUAUUGUUCUGCAUUCAAUGGAGCACCUUUCGCAACAUCCUGAGAAACAGUUCAAGAGCUGUUGCUUGAGUUCUAGUGUGGACAACAAAAACCAUGAAAAGAAGAUGAACUAUGCAAGGUUCUUUCUUUCCUGUCGAAUUGGAGUAGCUGGCCCUGAAGCUUUUCAAAAGAAAAGGCUGAUAAAUCUUUACAGCCCGAGCAUGUAAAGGAAUGAACCCUUCUUGCAUUAUUAUUAUAACUAUGUAAAUUUUAAAUCUUUGUUGUUUUACAUUUAGGUAUUUGACAGAGAAGGUAGUUCCUGGUAACAGAGUUACGGUGAUGGGGAUAUAUUCAAUAAAGAAAGUUGCUCAAAAGGCAGACAAG